UCUGCAAAUGAACGACGUUUCAAGGUUAUGUCCUUUGGCGGCAAUAUCAACAGCUCCUGAAGACAAGUGUGUAACUGUAAGUGAGAUCGAAGUUAAAUCAUCCUGUGAUAUUCAGGAAUGCAUAUUAGGACAUUCAAUGAAUGCAGACAACGAUAAUUUGCAAAUUACGCCUGAAAAUGAAUCGCCCAAUCUACCGGGAAAUACGGAUCUCGAGGAGCUUCCUUUCGUACGUGAAAUUGGAGAGGUUAAUUCUGAGACUACUGGGGAAACGGAAGAAUCACAGACGGACAAGGUGACAGAUAAUGUGAAAUUAGAACCUCUAGAAGAAGAAUUUAUUGAAUCUCCUGUGCCUGUGAGCUGUGAUUGGUCUUGUACACCAACGCUGCUGUGCUCCGCACUAGAAGAGUACAAACCGACAGACCUUUGUGAGAACUUUACGAAAGGCUGCCACUGGUCACCCGAUGGCACUUGCUUUCUUGUUCCAUCUGAAGAUUUCAGAAUACGUAUUUACGAUCUUCCAAAGGAACUGUACAAUGGCAAUGUAUCGAAGGACUUAUCUUUGUCCGAUUUGAAGCCUGCAGUAACAGUCAAAGAAGGCGGACUAGUCUAUGAUACUUGCUGGUUUCCUUAUAUGAGCUCUUGGGAUCCAGUAACCUGCUGCUUUCUUAGCACCAGCAGAGAGAGUCCAGUACAUCUCUGGGAUGCAUUCACAGGAAACAUAAGAGCAACAUAUCGAGCUUACAAUCUAGUCGACGAAGUAGAGGCUGCUAUCAGCACUCGCUUCAUUAAUUAUGGCAAGGAAGUAUGGUGUGGUUUUAGAGGAGCACUCAGAAUGUUUGAUACCGAUCGUCCUGGCCGCCAGACGCAUACAAUUUUUCUUAAGAAAGAUUUCCCAAAUGUGACAGGCUUAGUCUCGUGUAUACGAGAGAAUCCAUGUAUGCCUGGACUGGUUGCUUUUGGGACUUAUUCAAAAUGCAUUGGUCUAUACAAAGAUAGCCCUAUUUGUGCCUUUAAACCAAGCAACGGUGUUACCCAAAUUGAAUUCAGUCCUUGUGGAAUGAAAUUGUACUCCGCAGUCAGAAGGAGCAAUGAAGUACUUUGUUGGGACCUGAGAAAUCCUGGAGUCAUUUUGUGGUCACUUCGGGGAAGAUGUUCCGAUACUAAUCAAAGAAUACAACUAGCUAUUUCCUCCAAUGGCUCUGAAAUUGUAUCGGGUGGCACAGAUGGAGUUGUCAAAGUCUGGAAGCUUGUUGAAACUUCUGACACCUACGAAGAAGACUUAAAUCCACGCUUUGACAUUAAACUAUCCGAAGACUGUGUUAAUGGUAUAGACUUACACCGAACCCUCCCUAUUUUGUUAACUACUACAGGACAGAGAGUGUGUGACUUGGAAGACAAGCCCAGAGACAACAGUGUAAGAUUAUGGUGGUUUUCAUCAUUAAGUUGAAUGAUCUAAUAAGCUUCCUAUGUGAAAGAAGAAUAACAGUGACCCAGGUAAUCAUUAGAAUUAUUCAUUCUAAUCUUUACGGUCAACAUUUCAUUGAAGUACAGUAACUUAACCAGAACUAUACAUAGUAAGGUUGAAAACUUAGGAUAGAAAGAAUUUUUAUGAAUAGUACUUAUUUUACACUGUAAUAGAAAAGGAAUGUAAAUAAUUUGUAUGUAAGCAUUUUAAUACAUUAAAUUCUUUAUCACAAAGAGUCAAAGGAAA